UCAACGUUACAUAUAAAAUGUAGGUGCCUAAGUUGACUAAAUAAAAUUAUUCCAAAUAAGUCUGAUAAGUUUACUGAUAAUAAUGACUUCGUCUAUUAUUAUCAGUAAACCGUAAAUAUGUUAUGACAACCCAUUUAUCACCGAAGAUAAUAAACUGAUAAUAACUAAAAGAAAACAAUCUUGGUCAAUUAACGCCCUAUAUCAAAAUGCUUAGUAAAAAGUAGGAAUAAUAUAUAAAUUUAAAUACAUCGCAAUCAGAACUUAUUGGCACUUAUUAUUAAAGCACAGUUUCAUUCAAUUGACUCGCUUCUGUGAGAUGCAACACGAUUUACAGCACCUACAUAACCUUUACAAAAUAAACAAACAAGUAGCUACCUACACCACAGCGUAAAUGUAUUAUAGAGGUACCUACCUACGUACAUUGACACCUUUCUCUUCGGAACAUCGAACAUCGAAGGUGCCACACUUCACUAAAACGUCAGUCAAGCAAUACCCUUUAACUCGUCUUCAAAUUUGCUGUAAAUUUGCAUUAACUAAUGAGGUGCCCCGAGUUCCCCACUCGGAGGUGAGGUCAACGACGGAGGCGCCGCUGCACCAGCAGUACCCCCAUGCGGUGCUGUUCGGCGGGGCCUGCGGGGGCACCAUCAUCCAUCCCAGCUGGAUCCUUACCGCUGGCCACUGUUCCCUUCUGCGCCGCAGCACGCUGUUCACGCCGGGGCGCAACGUGCUGGCCGGCACGGGCAACUCGGGCGACGGCAGCGGCGUGCGCCUGGCGGUAAAGAAACUGUAUCUACACCCGCUGUUCGCCGUCGGGCCCUACUGGGUCAACACGCGCGAGUUUGGGAUCAAGCAGGUGCACGCACGCUGGGACUUCAUGCUGGUGGAGCUGGAGUCGCCGCUGCAGCUGGAUGGCGUGAACAUCGCGGCUGUACCGCUUGACGAUGGGAAAGACAUCCCGGAGUCGCUAGCCGCCGACUACGCUGGUUUCGGUGCAACUCAUCACGGGGGUGUCAUGCAGCGGCACAUGCACGGGAUGAAGUUGCGGACGGAGAGUGACGAGCGGUGUUCCAGCCUCCCUCAGUACAGUAAAGAAGACAUGCUGUGUGCAGUGGGCCGCACUGAGACGCGCGACUCAGCUUGUAACGGUGACAGCGGCAGCGGCUUGGUGAGCACGGAGAACCGUCGCUUGCUGGGCGUGGCGUCGUGGGUGGAGGACGACGCCAGCGAGUGCAGCCCGGGCAAGCUCGUGGUGUUCUCGCGUGUGGCCGCGGCGCGCCCCUGGAUUAAGCAGGUCACCGGCCUCGACUUGUAAACGCCACGCAAUAUACUCCUGAUAAAAACCUCCAAGUGCUGCAUGACGAACGUUUACUUUUAGGGAAAAACGACUACUGUGUAAAGUGUAGUUUUGAAGAAUAAGUAUCCCGUUAAUUGUCCGACCGUCAUUAUUUCUAAGUGGGAUAGAUUUGCCUCAUCUUGCGUCGUCAGCUAUUAUUUUUUAUCGCAUAGAAACCCGGAAUCCGCUUUUAGACGGAGUUUCAAACCGAACAUUUUGACGCAAUUACACCCCCCGUAUCCUUAAAAAACAUUGAUCGAUUUUAACUGUGAAAUGUGGCUGUGGUGGAAUAACUAGCUAAGAAUAAAAUAGAGUCUACAAUAGGUAAUGUAUUUCACAGGAUACCGUAAUAGAUUGUUAGCCUAAAUUAGCCAAUAAUUACAUUUGCCUCAAAGUAAGUUUAGACUCCUGAACACCUGUGUCUAAUCUGUAGGUAUGUAACAUUUUCCUCCCAAAGACUACGAAAGGAUGUACGGGUAACAAAUGGUAAAACUCAUAAACUUAUGUCUCAAAGCGAAGCCUCCUUUUAAAAAACUGUCAUAGGUACUUACCUACUUUCGAAUGGCAAAUCAUAAAAAACAGUGUUGUAUACCAAGCCGCUUGGACUUGCGGAAAAGUAGAUUGUUCCGCUGGAUUAGACAUUCGCUAUAGACUAAUAUAUUGACAAUAAAUCAGUGGAUAUUACUACAAAAUGACAGAAACUUAUUUGUUUCUUUGCUCUAGUCCAUAAAAAAGCCGUAAACCUUAAAUCACUGUAAACUUUACUUACUCACUUUGUAAGUAUAUAACCUAGGUACUUAGUGAAUAGUGUAGUUUUAGUUAAUAUGUACUUGCUUGCACCAGGCUUUCCUCAUGGACCAACUACGUAUGCACAACUGGUUGUGCCAUUGAAAAUAUGUAUUCCUAAUGGCACAACUACGCACAACUGGCACAACUAAGAACAACUAAUGUGCUCUCGAACCAUUUCUUAUAACACAACUACAAUCAAAAGAGGAAAUAGAUAGCUUUCACAUUCAUAUCCUAUUUAGAUAUUGACAGUGAUAAUGGCCACUUUUCCCACAUAUCUUUCUUCUUCUUCUCCUUGUCCUUUUCCAUUAUUUGGGGUCGGCUCUCCUAGUCCCACAUAUCUUUGCUUUAUAAUAUUAUUAAUAAUUAUAAACGUCAUGAUCAUGAAUGACAUUUCUUUUGUUCCAAGAAAGUGAUUAUUCUUAUGAAUAAGCUUAAUAUUGUUUUUUUGUGCAAAAGUAUAUCCAGACUACAAGCAUGUCUUCAUCAGAAGACGAAAUAAUUGUAUACGUCGAUAAUAAAGGCGGAAAGGUAUGGUUUCGACUUUGCGACGAGAGGCCGCGUGGUCAUGCCAGGUAGUUGUGUAAUUGGGAACUAAAAUUAAGUCCUUGAUGAACCAGUUGUGUCUAUGGGAAGGAUUUCGAAAAAAUAUUCCUUAUGGCACAACCAGUUGUGCAUACGAAGUUGGUCCAUGAGGGAAGCCUGACUUGCACAGCAAUACACAAUAGGUAGUUGGCACAUAGUCAGCAGCUGUAAUAGAUUGAGCCGACAUGGAAAUGUAGGUACAGAAAGUUAUUUGUUUCACAAGCGGGCAAAGCUGAUGUUUAACCGCUCGUGCUUAUAUGUAUUGAUACUCAAGCCAGCGAUAGAUUCCAAAAUUGAACCUCGAUCGUAGCGAGUGGUUUAAGAAGUGGAAUCUAGAGCGAUGCGAGGGUUUAAAGGCCCGAGGGUUAAACAAACUGCCUCCGAGUGGAACAGUUUUUUUUUACCAUACCAAUGCGAGGAAAAUACUAACUUUAUGAAUUACCAAAAAAAUCAAACCAAAUCAAAUCCAAAUGAAAGUAUGUAAUCAAAAAAAUAUCAUUCAAAAUCAUCAUUUAAAAGUAAAUUCUACAAGCUAACAUAAGGAAACAUCUCAAACUUUGCAUCUGAUUACUUUGCCCCAGAUGUGAAUAAAAAUGCAACUUUCUCAUUCGUUUUUGAACAAUAGGGAGCAUUAUUGCAAUGUCCGGCCGCCAGAGUGCAGCACUAGCAUCCAUCGUAAACCAUAGACUAACUUAUACGUACUGGGGGCCUACCGCAAAAACCGAAAUUCGCAAAUUGCGGGGAUCUUUCUCUUUUACUCUCACUAAGACGUAAUUAGAGUGACAGAGAAAAAUGCCCGCAAUUGACGAAUUACGAUUUUCCCGGUAGUCGCCCUGUGCCUUAAACUGUUUUUUGACAAGUUUUCACAGACAAUAAAAUGUGACAUUGAUGCAUCAAGGCGGUUUGUUUACAAAGGGCCUACCGGAAACGCAAAAAUCUAAAUUUAGUUAUCUGCCUCUUUAUCGCUCAAAUACUUGGAGAAGUUAUAUCACGAAAUUUCGAUUUUCUUGUUUCGUGGUAGACCCUCAGAUUGUGAUGGGUUGUGGUAGUGGCGUCCCCUACGUAGAGUUUCCCGUAAUAUUCUCUAUUGGUGUGAUGAAAAAGAAAUCCUUUUAUUCUUCCUGCACACGCCCUUGCGUGUGCAGACCAUUUUGGACAGCUGGUCUCUUCUGCUGCUGACUGUACCUACUUAACGACAAAUUAAUAAUACAUACUAAAUUACUAUAAGUUUUUAAUGCUGGACAUCUGACAUGACUUUAUCUAUAAGUAUGAAUAACGAUUUUCGUCAAAUAGUAUAUAUUUAUAUUAUCGUACGUUUCUAUUCAAAUAACUACCUACUACUGAUGUAAAUAUGCAAUGUGAAUUGUAAUAUAUCUUAAUAUUUAUGACAAUGUUAUCUGUGAUCUCCGUUAAUAAAAGUCAUUUAUUUAUAA